CUGGCACAACGUCCAACCACGCCUGAUAGUCGUCCACUUUCCCUCACAUAUACAAACUGACGCGCGAAUUCCACACAGGUCAGUGUCAAUGGCGACUGCAAGCGCGAAGGAGGAGCGCAAGCGGAAGAGAGCCAAAGAUGGCGAGGAUAGUAUACAAAAGACUAAGAAGGCGAAGAACGAGAAGACGGCAAAUGGUGCUGAAAAGACCAAUUUUGCGGUAGACGAGAGUGCUUCUAGCGAUCAAGUGAUGCCCAUUCAGGGAGUACGAGCUGAAGCAUCGAAAACUCGACAAAGCAAAAGUGACGUAUAUUUGGAAGAGAUUGCGCAACAGGCACUCAAAUCUUUAAGAGAUAGGAAUCUAAGUGCAAGAAAUGAAUACGGUGAAGACGAUGGAUCUCAAGAAUCGGAAGUCAAUGUUCAAGUCGACAGCGACAAACUUCAACGUCGCCAAGAUAAACUCAACCGGCAGUACCGAAAUUUAAUCGAGAAAUUUAGAACGAUCGAGGACCAACCCCCGGACAUAAGAGCCUAUGAAUUGCGAUGGAUGCUUCAAAAGAGUAAAAAGAUCAUCAAGAAGAAAGGGUUGGGGCAGGAUGACGAGCUUGUCCAGCUACGCAAUCGACAUGCCAGAGCAAACAGAGAUACAUGGCACCUGUCGCGACCGAUUGGUGGCCGUUUCUUGUCCUGCGAUCCAGUCUUCAGCAAGGACGAAAAAUACAUUAUACUAGCGACCGCAAACAACAUUCAUGUGUACGAAGCGGAAAGCUCGUUGCUUCUUCGUACAAUGCAUGCUCGAGGCGCAACUUGUUAUGCACUCUCUGCUGCAAAUCCUCACCACCUAUACGUCGGUACUUCUACUGGAGAAAUACAUCACUUGGACUGGUCCACGUCUGAAAAGAUUGGAAGAAUCGAGUCCGGGGUGAAAGUCCAUGUCCGAUCAUUGCAUUCGUUCCGUGCACCUAACACUGAUGAGGAUAUUAUCCUGACCGUCGAAACCCAAUUGCAGACAGAUGAUAUCACCUCUACUGAUUGUGUGAGCAAGGCCGAGAAGAAGCCAGGAGACAAGCAUGCAUCAAAGGAUGUUCUGGCCAUUCGAAAAGCUCCUUGGAAUGAGGAUGCAGAAGCGCGUCACGAGAUGCUCCAGAGCGAUAACCUUCGCGAUCUCCAAGUACUUGACCAAGGCCGUGUAAUAAUUGCUUGCAGUUCAACGCAGAUGUUUGUUGGUUCUCUCACCACUAACGCUGAUCAAUCAAGCCUGGCCAUGACCACGUUCAAGAGCAAAUACUGUUGGAGACACCUUAAGUCGACCCAUGCCAUAACUUGCAUAGAUUCUCGAGUGAGAAACCCAGCAGAGGAUUUGUCAAACCACAGAAGCGAAACCAGAAUUUACGAUAUUGCAGUUGGAAAUGCGAAAGGCGAAAUACUUAUAUACGAGGAUAUCAUUGCGCAGCUAAACAAGCUAGAUGCAGGCUCAAAUCAACCACCCCGUGCUCGUAGCUUACGAUGGCACAGAGAGGCGCCAAAUGCAAUCAAAUGGUCAAAUGAUGGUAACUAUCUAAUCUCUGGUGGCAAAGAGACAGUGUUAUGCAUCUGGCAACUUGAGACGGGUCGAAGGCAAGACCUACCUCAUCUCACUGCCGCAAUUCAAAAUCUUACGGUAUCGCCCUCUGGGGCUUCCUAUGCUCUUCACUUAGCAGACAAUUCGGUCCUAGUGCUGUCCACGGCCGAACUUCAGCCCAAGACCCAUAUUGCUAGUCUGCAGUCGCUUUGCGUCUUGUCCCCAAGGCCUCUUGCGCAAGCUAUGAGGGGCUUAAGUGCUAUCCCUUUUGUCAACAACCCACGACACCCAAAUCAACUUCUUAUCGCAGUACCAGUUGAUCAAAGCGUAACAAAAGCUACACAGUCCAUACCGGCGGCACCGUUCCUGCAGACGUACGAUCUGCAAGCUGGGCGACACAUGACUCGGCAAGCUCUAACUCGAAAUAUAAUUACGGAAGCAAACAUUGACCCCGAGUGGAACAAGAUCGAGAUUCCAAAUGUGACUCUAAUGGAAAUCAGUUGCGAUGGCAUGUGGCUCGCCACAGUCGAGGAAUGGUUGCCCCCGAGUCAUGCUCUGCAGUACUUGGCUUUGGACAAGAGCGAGAUAGAGGUCGAAAGGCGGAAGAGGCGUGAGACUUAUCUCAAAAUCUGGCAUUGGGAUGAAGAGCGCAAAACAUGGGCCUUGAACACCAGAGUAGGCAAUCCUCAUUCGGACGACAGCAACGAGCUAGCAAACCGCACUUUUCAUUUGGUUUCCCAUCCAAAGGAGGCAUGUUUUGCAACAGUAGGAGAAGACAGCUGUGUACGUGUUUGGCGACCUCGAGCCAGUAUCGAAGGCGAAACCUCGUGGCACGCAAAACUCGUGACAAAGCUUGAGAGAAAUGCGAUCAGGGUAGACGAGGCGACAGAUUUCUUGUUACCGGCAAGCCCCGUAAUCGGGCGUCUUGCAUUUAGCAAUGAUGGCUCUGUUCUUGCGGUUAGUAAGCAAGACGACUCCGUUUCAAGGAAUGGUAUUGUACAUCUCCUGGAUUCCAGGCAAGGCGUGAUCAAAUAUGCAGAGACAGGACUGGCUGUUGGCUAUCUGAUCGCCAUGGGAUUCCUUGACCGAUAUCUCAUUGUCGUCUCAGAACAGCUUCGUGUUUGGGAUGCGGUGAUUGGUUCUGUGCUGUUCUCUAAACCACUUGGACGACACGGAUUGUCCCUUUCUCAUCGGCUUGCAACAACACACCUUGCUAUCAGUGUUACUUCCAAAUCUUUCGCUGUAGCUGGCGUCAACAUCGGAUCGAGCAAAGGCGAUGCCAGUGCAGUUUUAGUCUUCAAGCCCACUGUGGCAGAACCGGUUUUCAUUUCGCAGUUGCACACUGGUCUGAUAUCUGGUCUUUCACCGUUAUCUGAUGGGACUGGAUACAUAAUCCUUGACUCGCAAGCAGAGCUGCGAACUUUGAGGACGCACAACGUUCCUUUAUCGGGUGUCAUCGGGACGCUGGAGUCACAGCCAAAUCAUCAGUUGGGAAUUGCACCGGAGGAUGAUGAGGUCUCAGCUGGAGGGCACGCUGUUUCUUCUGGUGAUGAUUUCAAUGACGCAACCCAACCGUUGUCUAUACAGGAUGAAAGCCGGAUAAGGGAGACUGAGAAGCUUGCGCGUGUCUUCACACAGAGCUACAGUGGUUUGGGCCUACCAAGUGUCAAGGAAAUGUUCGACAGUGUCGCUGGGCUGUUUGCUUCCAAGUCCAAAUAGUCUAUCAUACUAUGACGGGUAGAAUACAUGUAGAUCCAAACGAGAUUGAACUAUAUUUAUUUUGGGCCCC